AUGAAUCACAGUGAUAAUGGGACAUACGAGGGAAUGCUGCCCUGUGAUCAGAAUGUGUUCACCGACGAGCAAAUCGACAUGCGUUUAAUGGGAAAUAUGCCGAUCUCCGUUUUUGGAAUGUUCACAAAUCUCAUCAAUAUUGUUGUCUUCCUCGACGUGGAGAUGCGUGUUCAACUCGUCAACCAUUUUUUGUUAGCUUUAUCGAUUUCCGAUCUACUGCUUCUCAUUUGCAAUUUCUUUUUCUUAAUCUUUCCCGUCAUUGCGAUGAUGUCAACACGAGUCGAUUUACACAAUGCGUACCCGGUGGCAUUGUGGCACGCCUACCCAUUGGCUUUGACAACACAAACGUGUGGAGUCUAUUUGACGGUGCUCGUCUCCGUUCAUCGAUAUCUUGGCGUUUGUCAUCCAUUUCGCGCCAAGCGUUGGGUCUCCGGUCGUCCCGUCAAAACGGCAAUCGUUGGAUCGAUUCUCUUCUCGGUAUUGAUCAACGUUCCGUCGUGGUUCGAGUUGAUGAUCGUGCCGUGUUACGCGAAAAGUUUCAGUCAAACAAUAAACUUCCUCAGCCUUACUCCCCUUCAGCAGCACCGUGCCUACAACAUUAUCGCCAAGGUGAUCGGCUACACAAUGGUGAUGUUCAUCAUUCCAUUCAUGACGCUAAUCUUUGUAAAUUGCCGAAUUUUGGUGGCAUUGAAGCAAAGUAAACACUUGCGAAAUAUGCACUCGUCAAAGAAAUCGACCACGAGUCGAAGUAUGGUGAUGAAUCAGUUUCGGAUGUUGAAAAACUCGAAAUACGCGGAUCUCUUUCAGACAUUGACUCGAAUGACAGGCAUUCAAAAUUUCCGGUCCCCAUCUUUCCUGAAGACGAACAGCAACAGUGUCCGCGAUCGAUCCGUCACGUUGAUGUUGCUAGCGAUUGUCGCGAUUUUCUUGUUCUGCAAUUGUUUGGCUUUCUGCAACAAUUUAAUCGACAUCUUGCAAAGAGAGGGUUUCAUCAGUAUUCGGCAAGGCGUCUUCGAGAUGUCAGUCGAGAUCGCGAAUAUCUUGAUUUCUCUAAAUUCUUCCUCAUCAAUUUUUGUCUACAUGAUUUUCUCUUCAAAAUAUCGAGCCAUUAUCAAACAUUGGUUGGGAUUGGAAAAGAGGAAACAGAUCAACGGAGUCGCGCUGACGACCGCGUUGGCUGCUCAGAAAGCCCUUGAGCUGUCGGUUUUGCCGGAUGAGGUUGAAAACCGACGCCGCAAAUCGAAUGUGGAGAAAUUCGCACAGUUGCAAAAUUUGCGACAACCGCUGUGUCGACAAACGAGCUCGCACAGUGACGUCCGCAUAGAAGAGGAGAUUUGUCAAGACGAAAACUCCGACGCUCGGCGGACAUCAUCUCGACGAAAAUUGUUGCGUUUUGCCACCGUUCAA